UGAUUUUGUAGUAGCCUUGUUUCUUCAUCCACAAUCGGUUGCUAAUAGUGCACCACAGCUGCUUGAAUACAUUCCGAAUCGAUAAGGUAAGGCUAGGCAAGGCAAGGCAAGGAAAGGAAAGGCGAAGCGAGGAGGAGCACCGCAGCACUUCGGAAUUAUUUGCUUGCACGUUGGUGCUUGCCGUAGGCUCGCGUUCGUCUUCGUCUCCGACGAAGCGACGGAACAACCCGUCGCCCGUACGGAACGGCCGAUUGUCUCACGGCAGCUCGUCCCUCUCUUGUUUCUUUUUUCUUUCUCGUCCGCAGCAGCAGACCGCAAGCAAGCCGAUUUUUUUUCUACUCGAUACGCCAGACACCUCUUCUUUUGAUCGUCCUUCCACAUCGACUCACAUCCACCAUGUCUCGGAACGGAUACCACCCGGGCGGCAGAGGAGACUCCGUCAUGGUUCUCUACAAAAUCAUCAACUCGGAAUCCGACCGGGCCGGGGGCCUCUACAACUGCUUCCAAAUGGCCUACGGUUCCGGUCCGACCCUGAACUCCAUCAAGCAGUAAGUUUCGUUUUGUUCGUUUCGGGGCACGCCGGCUUCCCUUCCGAUCCAAACCGGGAUUUGGUGGGGCGGCGCGAGGCGUCAUGCACGACGAACAGAAGUGCUCCCCGAUUGACUGAUGUUAAUCUUACGCUUUUGCCUUGCUUUGCCUUUCCUCGAUUCGAUUCGAUUCGAUUCGAUUCGAUCCGCCCGUCGCUUUUGUGUUUUCUUGCUUGCUCGCACGCUCGUUUCCCCCGCCCAGGCACUGCGUUGCCGCCCAUUCACUGAGCACGCUCGGACCGGAGGGCUUUCACUUCCGGGUCAUGAUGGAAGACAAGCCCAACGCCACGGGAGAACGAUCCUUUAGCUGGUGGGACAUCCAGGACGGCAGCGCCAAGCUCCCCGUCAAGGAAACCUCGCAGCACGAGCUCCGCAAGCUCCUCUUCCCGUCGAAGUCCAGCGGCAGCGGGGGCAGCACCACGGACAGCGCCACCAAGGCCGCGAAGGGGGCCUUCAAGAUGAUGGGGAAGGCCAUGGCCAGUGCCAUCGGAGACGAGGGUGGGGCCGAGAGCCACGGGCCGCCAGUCUCGGUGAUCGUCGUCAAGAUGCUGGACCUCAACAAGAUCCACGACGACUACAACCGAAAGCACGGGGGGGCUCCCCCCGCGGGGCCACCUCCCCGGGCCCGCCGUCCGGCACCCAAGGCCCGCACCCCGGUCGCUGCUUCCCGCGCGGCCGCUCCCCAGAGCCGGGCCCGGCCGCCCCAGCGGGCGACACCGGCCGCGGGGCAGCCCCGGGGAAGGCCGGCACCGGCACCCGCCGCUGCAAACCUAAUGGACUUUGGGGACGCCCCGUCGGCGGCCCCGGCGCGGAGAGCGGUGCACCACGCGCCGUCGGCAAUGCCCGCGGCGCCGCCCCCGAACGAAACCAGGGCCCAGCGGCUGAAGCGGGAGCAGGAGGCCCGGAUGAAGCAGAACAACCGGGUCUGGGACGACGUCGACCAGCGGUGGGUCGAGAAGCCGGCUGCGGGAGCGGCCCGGAGCGGUGCCGCGGCGGCUGCCGCCAGGCCGAAGAAAAAGGAGGUCGGCGUCAAGCUCGACAUGUCCAACGCGGCGGGAAAGAGCGCCAAGGUCCAGCAGGCCAUGCAGAAGCGGGUCAACGAGAUGAACGCGACCCGGCAAAAGGCCGUGGCGGAGGUCAAGCAGCGGGAGGCCGAGAAGAAACGAAUGGAGGACGAAGAGGACGCGAUACGGGCCCAGCUCGAGCCAAAGAUCAAGGCCUGGUCCGAGGAACACGGAAAAAAGAAGCAGCUCCAGGCCCUGCUGGGGAGCCUCCACACGAUCCUGUGGCCGGGCACCAAGUGGAAGCCGAUCAGCAUCGGAGACAUCCUCCAGCCGGCCAAGGUCAAGAAGUUCUACUUCAAGGCGACCCUGGUGGUCCACCCCGACAAGACGAGGGACCUGCCGGCGGAGCAGCGAUUCCUGGCCAAGCGCAUCUUCGACGCGCUGACCCAGGCCAAGACGAUCUGGGACGAGUCCCAGGCGCGGUAGGCCGAGGACCCCACGUUUCGAUCCGAUCGCGGGCACGCGGUCCGCUUUCUUGGCCGACCGUUUCCAUAGCAUAACCAUUAGC